AUGCAGCCUCAGCAGAAGAGCGUCCUCUGUGUGGGACUUGUGUGCUUGGACAUUAUUAACGUGGUCGACCAGUAUCCUACAGAGGACUCAGACACAAGGUGUGUUUCGCAGCGGUGGCAGCGCGGAGGAAAUGCCUCUAACUCCUGUUCUGUUCUGUCACUGCUUGGAACCAAGACCUCGUUUAUGGGAUCCAUUAGUCGAGGCCCGGUGUCCGAGUUUAUUCUGGAAGACUUCAGGAAAUUCCACGUGGACGCAUCACUUGUUACAGAGCAUGCUCAGUGUGCAGCUCCCGUCUCCAUCGUCAUCGGCAACAGAAACAAUGGCUCCCGCACCAUCUUGCACAUGAACAGUUUCAUCGUGUCUGACUUCUCGCGCCUCUCCAUUGACUCCUCCCUCCUCUCCUGGGUUUCCGGGACAACGCCGGUUGCCUGUUGUGUGGUGAGUCGCUCUAACGGCUCCAGGACUGUGGUUCUGUACGACACGAACCUUCCGGACGUUUCACUCGAGGAUUUUUCUAAAGUGGACCUCCGAAACUUUCACUGGAUCCACUUUGAGGGCAGGAAUGCGAGUGAGCAGCUGCAGAUGAUCCAGCAGGUGGUGCAGUGGAAUAGCUCUGUGCCUCCGGACCAGAGGGUCUCUGUCUCCGUGGAGAUCGAGAAGGUCCGAGAAGAACUCUACGUGCUCUUCAACAUGGCAGACGUGGUGUUUGUGAGUAAAGACGUUGCUCGUAAUUUUGGGUUUGAGUCGGCGAAGGAUGCAGUGAUGGGACUGUCAUCAAGAGUCAGACCUGGCUCUGCCCUUAUAUGUGCGUGGGCAGAGCUUGGUGCAGAUGCAAUUAAAGAUGGUGUCCUGUUCCACUCUUCGGCGUUUCCUCCUAUGAAACUGGUCGACACUUUAGGAGCUGGAGACACAUUCAACGCAUCAGUCAUACAUGUACUAAGCCAAGGCGGUGACCUACAGGAGGCGCUCUCGUUUGGAUGUCGUGUGGCUGGAGCAAAGUGUGGUUUCCAUGGAUACGACGAGAUUGCACAAACGUUUGGACCAGAACCGGUUCAGACCUGA